AUGGAUCCUACCGAACUGCACAACAAGAAGCGGAAAAGGAAGCAUGCAGAUGCAAAGCGUGGCAAAGAGGAUGCAGCUAUCUCUAUAAGCGGUGUUGAGGAGGUUCACGAGGCGAAGGAUUUGAAGAGCGAAAAACCUCAAAAGAAGACUAAGAAGGCCCGCGAUCCAGUCGAAGAAGAUUUCGAAGAAGAAAUUUCCCGAGAUUUCGACAAUCGACUUGUCGCAAAUGAGGCAGAAGAUGAAGAGGGCCAAGAGGCUGAGGAGGACGGAGCGAACGACGGAGAUGGCCAAGCCAUCGAUGGAAAUGUAGACCUGGGUGGUGCUGGGAACCUCACAUUACCCAAUGCCGGUACCCAGGCACAGAAGUUUUCGGAAUUGAAUCUAUCAGCGAAAACCAUGAAGGCAAUUGUAGAGGACAUGGAAUUCGAGACAAUGACGGAGAUUCAGCAGCGAGGCAUCCCACCUCUACUGGCCGGACGUGAUGUCCUUGGAGCUGCAAAGACAGGUUCUGGCAAGACAUUGGCUUUCUUGAUCCCCGCAGUAGAGAUGCUUAGCGCAUUAAGAUUCAAGCCACGGAAUGGAACUGGUGUGAUUGUCGUCUCGCCGACGAGGGAGCUGGCGCUUCAAAUAUUUGGUGUUGCACGAGAGCUUAUGAAGCACCACUCGCAGACGUAUGGAAUUGUCAUCGGAGGAGCCAAUCGAAGGGCCGAGGCAGAGAAGCUUGCGAAGGGUGUCAAUCUCAUUAUAGCCACUCCUGGUCGACUGCUCGAUCAUUUGCAAAAUACCCAAGGAUUCGUCUUCAAAAAUCUCAAGGCUCUAGUCAUUGACGAGGCCGACCGAAUUUUAGAGAUUGGGUUUGAAGACGAAAUGAGACAGAUUGUCAAGAUCUUGCCGAAGGACGAGCGGCAAACAAUGUUAUUUUCGGCCACGCAAACAACCAAGGUCGAAGACCUGGCACGGAUAUCCCUCCGGCCUGGACCACUCUACAUCAAUGUCGAUCACCAAAAGGAACACAGCACUGUUGAGGGCCUCGAGCAAGGCUACGUGAUAUGCGACUCAGACAAGCGGUUCCUUCUCCUCUUCUCGUUCCUCAAACGCAAUCUCAAGAAGAAGAUCAUCGUUUUCCUCUCCAGUUGUGCUUGUGUAAAAUACCACGCCGAGCUCCUCAACUAUAUCGACCUACCAGUCCUUGACCUCCACGGCAAGCAAAAACAGCAAAAACGCACAAAUACAUUCUUCGAAUUCUGUAAUGCUAAGCAAGGUACUCUCAUCUGCACGGAUGUUGCAGCAAGAGGGUUAGAUAUCCCAGACGUCGACUGGAUCCUACAAGUAGACCCCCCAGAUGAUCCUCGCGACUACAUCCACCGCGUAGGUCGCACAGCACGAGGCGCUAACGGCAAAGGCCGCUCCCUCCUAUUCCUCCAGCCGAGCGAAGUCGGUUUCCUAACCCACCUCAAAGAAGCCCGAGUCCCCGUCGUUGAAUUUGAUUUCCCCGCCAAGAAAAUCGUAAACGUUCAGUCACAACUCGAAAAACUCAUUUCCCAGAAUUAUUAUUUGAACAAGAGCGCCAAGGAAGGCUACAGGAGUUAUCUACAGGCCUAUGCCAGCCACAGUCUGCGAACGAUUUUCGAUGUUCAUAAACUGGAUUUGGUGAAGGUGGCCAAGGGAUUCGGGUUUACGGCGCCGCCGAGGGUGGAUUUGACGUUGGGUGCUAGCAUGAGCAGGGAUAAGAAGACGCAGGGACGGAGAGCGUAUGGGAGCCAGCCAACACAAGGGAGGAGCUUUAAGAAGAGGGGGCAGUGA